CUCAGCUGUCUCCCUUCAGUGGCACCACACUCGGCUUCCAUCGCCAAUCUUCAGCAGCAAUGAGCACCGCGCUUGAGCAGCAUUGGGAAACUGAACUGCAGUCCCAGAGGAGGCGGCUUUUGGGGCGCAGGUAUCAGCUCGCCGUCGAAGAAUUGGGCUACUCGUCUUUUCAGGACUGGCUCAAGUCGGAGAAUGGACGUUACAGGGACCAGGCGCUGACUCGAUAUCUCACAAAACUCGGGCCAAUACUUGAAGAGUUUGAGGUUUUCGUCCGGUCGAUAACGACAAUGGUGCAAGGAGGCGGGCAAAUCGCAGGGCUUGUUUGGGGAUCCAUUCAGGCUGUCCUCGAUGCUGCGAGCAAGUAUGCAAAGCUGCUGGAGAGUGUGACGAACAUGAUUGAGGAAAUCUCGCUGUUGAUGCCUCAGCUUGCCACUUACAGCACCCUAUUCCCAGGAAAGAAGGCGCUCGAUAAUUGCCUCCGGAUUCUGAUAUCGGAUUUUGUCGGCUUCUGCAUAGAGGCUGUCAUUUUCUUCAAGAGAUGGCCUAUAUAUUCUUUGCUCAGAAUAUUCUGGUUCUCACUUGAACGUAACUUCCAGGCCUAUAAGUCGAACAUACUUCGGCACCAGGGUCAAUUUGACAGGGAAAGGCAAGUCCUUGUUGACACCGAGCUGAUAUAUGGAGGUAGAAUUCGGACCGUGGAAGCAAUGAUCCCCAUUACGAGUAGCGCUGCCAGGGAGCCUGAGAGGUUGUACAUUGUACCAUUUCAACGAAAUCCGCGCUUUCAAGCUAGGGGAAACACAUUAUCAUUGCUUCACCAGAACCUCUGUGAAGUGACAGAUGAUGAGACUAUUCGUCAAAAGUCGUGUGUCGUCCAUGGUGGUGGCGGCAUGGGGAAAACCCAGCUUGCGAUCGAAUACACCCAUCGGUACCGAAGACACUUUGAUUACAUAGUAUGGAUUUGUGCCGAAUCCAAGACUGAGCUCACCAACGGAAUGGCCGAACUUGCGAAGCGCCUGAAAAUAUCUGAUGCCCAGGGUGCGACGAGCCGAGCGUCAAUCGAGGCUGCGAGGACCUGGCUGGAGACUACAGGUUAGAACAGGGAAAAGAAAUGUGGCCAUUUAAACGUUCGCGUAUGCCAACAGUUUUCACAGAUAAGCGAUGGCUUCUUGUCUUCGAUAACGCCAAUCGAUGGGAGGAUUUGCAAGGUUAUUGGCCUUUUUGCG